AUGGAACAAGCUGCACAACAAGUACAAGACUAUGCUACCUGGACUAAUGCUCAAAUCAUUGCUCAUAAAAAGCAAAUGAAGUACCAACGACUUCAUCCGGAAGAAGCUGAAGUACCAUCUCCUCCUGGACCUCCAUCUCCUCCAGCUGAUGAACCUGAAUCAAGCACCCAAGCGCAACAACGUCUUGGUAAAAGAAAAAGACAGCAAUCAGUAGAAGAAAAACAAGAGAAACGAAACGCAGCCAAGGCCAAAAGAGCUGCUGAGAAAGCACGACACGUUGCCAAUCCUUGCAAAGUCUGUCUCGACGCCGGGAGAGAAGAAGUAGCUUAUACUCAUAGCCGACGAACAAAUAGCUUGUGUCCAGAUUAUACUGCCCCAAGAAGACAAGUACAACAACAACAAACUACAUAUCGUUUGGAAGACAUCACAAGAAAGAUCAGUUUGCAGAACCUUCUCAAUAUGACAACUGACGGAGACAAGCUUCUUUUUAUUGACGCCACAAUGAGACUUAAUUUCCUCUAUGGCAUAUUCCAGGUGCUUACUCAAGGUGAUCAAGAUCGAGUUUUGACUCCGCCAACAAAUCAGGCUAUUUUUCAAGGCGAACUUCUUACCCAUGUUAUGGAAGCAUUUGGUGUUUACAGGCAACAAUUUCCAAAUGGCAUGAUGAAUCUACUACAAGGCAGUAAUCGUGGUGGUAUUAUUACCAAUUCCCUGGAUCACUAUGUUACUGGAUUCACGAGUAAUGUUGUGGAGAAUUUUCAACAAUGGAAAUUGAACUAUAUUUCUGUUCGACUUCGACAAUUGGUUCAGAACUUGCAGAAGCCUGAUGCAAACAAGCUGGCCAAUUAUAUCUACGCCGUUGUUCAAAGUGGACCUGAUUCUGCGGUAUAUUAUCCUGCCAAUCUAUCCUUUGGUGCUGAAAUGGGUGGUGAAGUUAACAAUGCUGUUGGUCAAGUAACGGAUGAAGUGCAGGUUGACCUCAAUAUUUUGUUUACACUGGGCCAAAUUGUGGAAUACGUGGAUAAUGGAAACAUCACGAUGGCAGCUCAACGUAAUGUGGUCAGAAAUUGCAUGCUUGAUUUAUACAGAUUGCAUAAUGAUGCCGUUGAUCUAGCUGAUGCCAUAGUAGUAAAUCGCAACAAUAAUCAUAAUCGACUUCCUCAACUGGUGGCAAAUUUAAUGGCACUCCUUGCGCUUUUGAAUCAAAUAAUGGGAUUAUAUCAAGAAACGAUUGCUCAACAAUUUGAGACGCCUAUUGACUUUGGUUUUGCAGGAUGGGAUCAAGAAGAUGCACAAAAUGAAAUCGCAGGUGUACAAGAAUCUAUAAUGCGCUGGGAACAACAUGAUCAAGCCCAACCGCCUUCUGCAGACGUGGUACGCUUUCAAAAUUCAUUACAACAGAGGAUUGCUGCUCUUAACGGUGCCAUUGGUGUGCUAACUAACAUGGAAAACAUAUAUGGCAUAGCUCAAAACGAACGUGACAUUUGUUUGACGGAAUUUUUUGCAAACGAUCAGCUUGGCAGUCAGGUUCUUCUCCAGAGGGUUACACAGGCCGCAAUCACCCUUCAUCUUCCGGGUUUUAGCGAUGAUGAUGCACAACGCGUUAGAACUGUUAACCAUGAUAAUGAUGUCAAUGAUUAUCUUCAAGUUGCUAGUGCUGCUGAAGAAGGUGUUCGCCAAGUCAUGAUGGAAAAUUUUGCUGACAAUAUGGCCGCUGCGGGUAUUCCUGGAUAUGGUGAUCAUGAACGACUGGUGCAAACAUUGAGCACUGCGUUUAUAUCAAGGCACAUUCAACUAUUUGCCAAGGUUGGAUACAACAUUGCCUCUCAUAUGGAACAGUAUAAUGAUGGGCAAAUACGAUUGGCAAAUGAUGUUCAAGAAGCAGCCACUACGGUAUGGGCACAGCGACAGAUCCGAUUGCUUGCUGAAAGUGCUACCUUGGGAAGAAGAAGAAGGAACCUCUUGGUCAGACGACUUUGUAGUGCCAUCAACGAUAAUCAAGAUCUUAUGCAUACUGGCUUACAUGGCAUAUCUGAUGAAUCUUGGCAGCAACUAAAUCAAUUAGUUGCCAACACACGCACACAAAUUGCAAGAUCAAGAGAAUAUUUGUCGUUACCUGAUCCUGACCCUUAUAUCCAUGAAGAAUUAUUCUUGCAAUGUUUUCGUCCGGAGUUGUUCGAAAUUGCCAAGCUACAACGACUGUUCAACUUGGUGCCGAAGCCGUCGUUCUUGAAGAA